AUGACACAGCAAAUGCAUAACUUAAGUCUCCUCCAGACUAAAAAGAACAGCGUGCCAUCCUCUCCAAAUGCGGCAAAGCGAUUAUAUCGGAACCUGUCAGAGAAGCUUAAGGGGAGUCAUACAUCCUUUGACGAAGCAUAUUUCAGAGCUCGAUCUGACCGGCUCAGUCUCCGUAAGACCUCAAUGAAUUUCCAGUGCAAUGAAGCUAUGUUUGAGGCCGUAGAACAGCAAGAUCUGGAUGCUGUUCAGAUUCUUCUUUAUCAAUACACACUGGAGGAGCUGGACCUGAACACACCAAACAGUGAGGGACUAACUCCUUUGGAUAUUGCCAUUUUGACAAACAACGUCCCUAUUGCUAGGACCCUUCUACACAUUGGGGCAAAGGAAAGUCCACACUUUGUUAACAUGGAAAGCAGGUCAGUGCAUCUGAGUACAUUGGUCCAGGAAGCACAGCAGCGAGUUACUGAAUUGUCUGCACAAGUGAUGAAUGAAGGCCUUGGUACAGACAACACAGAAAAAGAGAAGCAACUAAAAGCAUGGGAAUGGAGAUACAGGCUAUACAAGCGCAUGAAGGCAGGCUACGAGCAUGCUAGAGCCCCUGAGGCGCCAACCAAUGUCUGUCUCAUGGUAACAAGCAGUACAUCACUCACUGUCACCUUCCAAGAACCUCUGAGUGUCAACUCAGCUGUGGUGACCAAGUAUAAAGUGGAAUGGAGCUCUUCGGAAGACUUUUCUCCUUUGGUUGGUGAAAUAAUUAUGGACAAUCUUCAGUCUUUGAGGUGCACCAUCACGGGCCUCAGAACGGGCCAGAGGUAUUAUGUCCAUGUUUCAGCAUACAACAUGAGAGGAUGGGGACCUCCACGCAAAUCUACUCCUGAAUAUGCUUCUCCUUCAAACUGGAAAGACUGCAGUGGAAGAGAACCUCGGCACAGGGGACACACUGAAGCACUGGAACGUCUCCUUCAGCAGGUUCGAGCAGCUCAUCAGCAUUAUAAUUGCAGAGAAAGUUCUAAAUUACAGAAUGCUGGUCGCAAGCAAUCAGUUUCCAGAAGCCUGAAGCACCUUUUCCACUCUUCAAACAAGUUUGUGAAGACUCUGAAACGGGGACUCUACUUAUCUGUUAUAUUUUUUUACAAAGACAAUUUAUUAGUAACCAACGAAGAUCAAAUCCCAAUUGUGGAAAUUGAUGACUCUCAUAGUAGUUCAGUUAUGCAGGAUUUCCUGUGGUUCACAAAGUUGUCUUGUAUGUGGGAUGAUAUCAGAUGGCUAAGGCAGAAUAUGUCUAUAUCCGUGUCCUCAUCAACAGCACUUCAAGCCAGGCAAAAGAUGCUUUCGGCAGCAGCACAGCUACAGAAUUUGCUGGGAACUCACAACUUAGGCAGAGUUUUUUAUGAGCCAAUCAAGGAUCGACAUGGCAAUAUGCUGAUAGUUACUAUAAGAGAAGUGGAGAGUCUUUAUUCAUUUUUUAAUGGCAAAUGGAUGCAGGUAUCCAAACUACAAAGCCAGAGGAAAUCUCUUUCAACUCCAGAGGAGCCAACAGCAUUAGACAUCUUGCUUAUAACAAUCCAGGACAUACUUUCCUAUCACAAAAGAAGUCAGCAACGCCUCCCCCCUGGCUUGUAUCUGGGUUACCUUAAACUCUGCAGUUCUGUGGAUCAAAUCAAAGUGCUUGUGUUGCAGAAGUUGCCUAAUGUCCUGUGUCAUGUUAAAAUCCGAGACAACAGCAACGUCUCCAAAGAUGAGUGGGAAUGGAUCCAAACACUUUCUGGCUCAGAAUCUGUGGAAAGUAUGGAUCAUACUUCAGACUGCCCUACUCAAUUGUUCUUGUAUGAGCUCCAGAUGGCAGUGAAAGCUCUCCUUAAACAGAUCAAUCUACCUCUGCAUCAGGCUAAGCACUUCCGUCUGUAUACACAGGAGGUGUUGGAACUGGGUCACAAUGUCUCCUUUCUUCUCCUGCUCCCCGCCUCAGACGACGUCUGCACUGCCCCAGGACAGAAUAAUCCUUACACCCCACACUCAGGAUUUCUUAACCUCCCUCUUCAGAUGUUUGAACUCGUUCAUUUUUGCUGUUACAAGGAAAAAUUUAUAAGCCUGUAUUGCCGCCUUUCUGCUGUCAUAGAGCUGGACUCUCUGAAAACCCAGCAAUCCCUAAGGGAAGCAAUUUCAGACAGUGAAGUCGCUGCAGCCAAACAAAGACACCAGCAAGUUAUAGACUACAUACAGCAAAUUGAUGAGAUCUGGAGGGAAAUGAGAUGGAUCACAGAAGCACUGCAGUAUGCAAGAUACAAGCAGCCAGCAGCUGGCCUACCCAUAAAGAAGCUAGUGGAUCUUUCAGAAGAACACUCUCAAAAGAAAAUCAGUUCAACCUCUUCACAUCUAGAUUGUCUUCCUUCACCUCCCCCUUCACCUGAGGCUAGAAUCCAGAGGAGAAAAGCUGUGAGUGAUUCCCAGCCCUGCUCAGAUGAAGAAGGCUGCUCUGAAGUAUUCCUUCCAACUGACAGUGACUAUGACUCCAGUGAUGCAUUAAGCCCCAGAGAAUUAGACCUGAUUUACUCCUCCUCACAUGACAUAUCCCAGCAGGCGGGCAGUGGCCUGGGUGGCAGUGCACCUGAUGUUCUCCAAGUCCACGACAUGAAGCCUUGCCUAACAUUGAAAGAAGGCCUGACAGAGUGUAGUGCCUUUGAUACUGAUGCUGAAUGUUGCACAGAUUAUAUGAGCAAUCUAACAAUGUCAGGGCUUACAUCGAAAAGCAUAGACAAGUCCUCUAGCUCCAAGCAGCCAUUGAGCUUUUUAGGGAAAAAAAAGCUAGGGAAACAUCAACAUUACAACUACUUCAGCCGGCAUCAUCGUUGGCUGCGUGUGCACAGCGAGACACAGUCUGGCUCUCUGUCUGAAGGCGUGUAUACUCAGCAUCUCAUGCGAUCUUCAGAUCUGUCUCAAGAACCUACCUCCAGUGAGCAGUUAAAAAUUCCCAUCGAUGGGUCUCGGAGCACUUUCUUACCUCAUGCAUCCAGCCUUCCAGAAGACGGGAAAGGCAAGUAUGAGGAAUCAAGACAGAAUGUCCACAGGAUACAUGUGGAGCCUUAUAAAACAUUUCUGGAUGAAGAGGGCAAGUCCUGGGCAAUGAGCACACAGUCUGUAGAACAUAGGGAUGUGCACAAUGCUAUGCAACAGAUAAUGGGUCCAGAUGACCAGUCGGGUUCUGCUGUCUCAGAAGUCUUCAGCAGCACACUUUAACCCCAGACUUCUGCACUGUUUCCCAUUGCUCCACAAUGAGAUAGUGAGCAUUAUGCAUGUAGGGCCAUACUUUCAAACCCACUUGCAAAAAUCCAGCUCCUGAAAUGGCAACUCAUGCCACUCAAACGAAUCCUAAUCUUUUGACUUCAUCACCAGAUCUCUGGUCUUACAGGGGUAUCUGUCAUGAUGCAAGCAUUAUUAUUGGCAUCUGCAGUUUUGCAGGUAGUCUCGUAACAGUCACCACAUAACAGAACAAUCCGUGGCUGCAAAUCUAGUAAUAAGGUUUUGCAGUUCUCUUGAUUUCCGUGUAUCUCUGAGCAUGCAAAAUUUUAAGCAUGAGUGGUUCUGCCUGCAGGUUAGCAGAAACUGUAACAUCCUUGGUGUCGUCAUGUUAGGACUGUGUCCUAAACUUCUAUUAACCUGUUUUCCACCAUUUCCUAUAAAUUUUUUUACUUCUUAGCCUUCUUGAAUGGAUUUAGGUUGCAUAUAACUAAAGUGCUAACUGGUCUAGUAACACAGUUAACCCAGAGUUUCUAGCCACUUACAGAGAAAUGAAAAUUCUUUCUAUAUCUAGAAAAUGCAGUCAACACCAUCUCUGAACGCUGUCAGAGCCUGACAUAAUUAUCACAAUGGGGUUUUUUCAGGAGCUUAGAUUUCAAAUUAUAUAAGUACCAAGUUAUUUUAAAAGCUUAGGAGGUGAACCUUUGAGGUCAAGAGCAGGCAGAAUGAUGCCAAGUUCUGGAGGAAUAAUAUGCAGGGUCUAAGUGGGAUUGAAGCGAAGCUUGGUCUUUUCUUCUGCCCACCACAUGAGUGCAUUUCUUUAUGUUGGCGGCAUUCUCAUACACCCCUUAGAAAGAAAUGCCCCUACUUUUGUCCCUGAAUAGUCACUGUAAACUUCAGGGGUAUUUGAUCACUGUGUCUGAAAUUGGGAUAUUCUGGCAAUUCAGAUUAGGGAAAUUUGGGGUGCAGUUUGAGUCUGAGAUUUUUUAUUUGGGCCACCAAUAAAUAUUAUAUCAUAAAGAGGGUGGGAGGUGGUGUUUUAGCAUGCCAUAUUUGUCAACAGCAGAUCACAGUGAGUCAUGAUUUUGUCCUUUGCAACCAGAAUAGGACUUACAGCACUACAGAAGAUGAUCUCAAAAAUGAAAUCUAUAUUAAUGAGAACCAUAACAUUUGAGUCACUAAGAAAUGAACUAAUGUGGAGAGAAACCCCAGCUGUUGCACAAGCUUUAAUUUUUCUUAAACAGUUCUUGAAGUUUAAUUUUAUGGGCCACAUUCCUGCUGGUUAAAUUCCCUCACUCCAUGUUUGCGCAGCCUUCUACCUUUCAAUUUUUCAGCCUCCAGGUGGAUACAUUCUAAGGCCUCCAAUAAAGAGAUUUGAGUUAAAUAGUUGAGUUUACAAGUCCUUGAGGUAAAGGUAAGGAUUUGGGCCCAUGAUCUGUGGUCCUUAUUAAAAUAGCACUUCCAUAACCCCAGUGCUAUUAAAAUCCCUGUGAACUCAAUCCAUAAAUUCAAAAAUAAAUGUUAUUCACUAUUUUAUGCUUGGUCAGUAUGUGGAAGCCAAGGAGAGUCUUUGCAGUGAUAUAAGGGUAAAAACUCCCUAUAAGGGAUUUACAUUCGUAACGUCUCUUUUUGGGAGAGGGAAGUUAACUUUUUGCACCAAAAAUAUUCAUUCAUUACCUGAUCUAAAGCUCAGUGAGGAUGGAAAGAGUUCAAUUCACUUCCACAGGCUUUGAAUGAGACCCAUCUGAAAAUUCCUGUGGGUGAGAAGAUGCGGGGGGGGAGCAGAAGUGUCAGUGCCAAUUUGCAGCUAGAAGGACAUACAUUGUACGUUUUAUGCCACAUGGACCUGCACGGGGAAAACCUGACUCACAUGCCAUAGAACUAAAUAGUGAUGGUUUACUGUCGGUGAGGGCAGUAAGAGCUUAUUACAUUAGAUUAUGUUCAUUAGCAGAAGGCUUUUCACCAGGGAGAGCCAGAACAAUGUAAGGCUCAUAUUCCGAAGUCAAAAUAAUUCACAUUGUUUUCUAGUAUACACCACCUAGCCCAGGCUUCCCUAAUCUGUUUAGCCUCUAAGUAAAACUGCCAUAAAACUGUCUAUUAAAGAAUAAAAAUAACAAUAUGCUGAGGCCAUAUGUUUUUGCAGGAAGUGACGAGAUAAAACAAGAUGUUCCUAAAUGAAACCCACCUUUCUUUGCUUUGGCUUUUCAGGAACAGUGAGGGCAAGAAGCAGCAAAAUCUACAGCAGAACAGGUACCCACUGCUGGUUAGAUAAGGAUGUAAAAAUCUCUGUUACCUACUCCUGCUGCUGAACUUUUCCAGAAGCAGUCAUGUAUCUAACAAAGAGCUGGAUUCUUUACUGGUAGAAAGGGCUUGACUUUAUCAUAAUCUUCUGUGCUAAGAUGGAAUUUGACUCUGGGAAUGCAAAUGCCAGCCACCGUGUACCCCAUCUUGAUUUUAACCUUGUUAUAUAGAAGUAGUGUUUACAUGAUGGCCAAUGGGGCAUGCUUCCUUGAUCCUAUUACCUCUAGAUCGAGUUUUUUUCCACAUAGUCAAAGUAGUAAUUGAUAGUUCUGACUUUAAAUACUUCUGGUUAUAAAGCACUGGAUUUAUCUUUUGGUAGAAGUAUGUGUUCUUUGUUCAAAAUUGCUAUCCCUACCUAUUCAGUGAGUGACUGAGUAAAGCAGCUCCUUAAAAGAAUAGUGAUGAACACCCAGAGAUAAAUAAACAGUGGAAAGCAGUGCCUUUCAAGUACUGUCGUAAUACUAAUCAUAAUACUUCUGCGAUUCUUUUAGGAAGAUCACUCAGACAUUUCACAAGCAACUAUAGCAGUUCAGAAGAAUCCUGCAAAAUCCAGCACUGUUAUCCCCACUCCAUAAAGGCAAGAGUGACUCUUCUGAGUAGAACUUAAAGCUCACAGUCAGGAAUCAAAUUAAAAUUAGGAACUCAGACCUUUGCUUUAAUUAUCAGGAACCCUUUCUCCAGGUUGAGCGAGAGUGCCCCUCCAAGGAUUCUUGCACUGAAAUGGGAAAUGCUGUGGCUCAGAGCCCACAGCAUACUAGAAUUUCAUUAGCCAGCAGACAGCUCAUUCAAAUGAGUCUGUACCCACUUUAUAUCAGCCGAAGUGCUGCUCUAAAAUGGGUACUUAGGUUUUGCAAACUUCUGGAUAUCUCUCUUACUCAUGUAUCUUGCCACAGAACCUUUGUCCUGCAUCUUCCAGGGACUAUAUUUUCACCUGGGCUGAACCCAGUCCCUCCUAUUUCUAGGCAUCACUUGGACUAGCUAGAAAAGAAUAUAGUGCUUUAAUAUUACCACUCCACAGGAAAAAAAAAAAAAAAAAAGAAAAAAACAAAGAAACAAGAAAAACCUGUGGACCACAUCUCCUAUGAUCUAAAACUUUCCUGUUUCUGCUGGUAGGAAGCGAGAUAUAGGUAAAGUGCAAAGUUUACACUCAAAAUCCCUUGCACCCGCAAGAAGGCAGUCUGCCCAUGGACAGUUUGCCUCAAGAAACCUGUGGCUCAAGCAUUUAUUUCCCGUGCUUGUAUUUAUUUUUUUUCUUUGCCUUUAGAUUCCAACAAUUGGAUUUUCUAUACAGUAAGAGCACACACAGAGAAAUCUAUAAUUAAUAUUUUAAAACAUAGAUAUUAAAGGGGGAGGGGGAAGAUGGAAUAUUUUAUCCUGAACAUUUGUGUUUAGAGUGUUUUGGAAAGAGAUGGUGCAUCUUUAAAUUCUCUAUGGUAUAAAGAAAUGCAUUAAGUUGCUGGUCAACUCUUUUAAGGUGUUUAAAUGCAUGGCUCAUGACUGUUAUGUAAAACUUCAAUACAGCCUUACAAACAAAAAGGGUAUAGUGUAUUUGAAAAUAUGGUAUACAGCUUGGAAACUUACUCUGAAUUUCUCUGAGGUGUUGAACUUUGCCAUCAGCAAGAAGUAUUUUUAGUAAAGAGGCCUUGAAUUUUCAGACAACGGAGAUUUCAUCAGGUUGGGUCUCUGAUUUUUCCACUACAGAAAAACAUUAAAUAGCUAGAACACUUUAUUUGUAAGUAUAAUUUAUCUUUUGAUUCCAUGAAGUAGAAUUCAUAAGGCUAAAUCCUGCCCAGAAGUGAGAAGCAGAGCUGUUGGCCCAGCAUAUUCUUUGCAAAAACCAAGGGCAACGUUCCCAAAGGUGGGCUGAGCAUGCUUUGGCCAGUCGUUCACCCCUCUUUUGUGCAGGCACCAGCUACAGCCCUCUCUUCUGCUAAGUAAGCAUUUGCAAAGUCAUUAGGAGUCAUUUGGUUGAUUUGACUGAGCUUUGGAGCAGGCCCCAUAUAUUGCUGAAAGCUGUACAGACCCUACCAGCUCAGAGAUCAUCUCUCCUCGGUACUGAUGAUCAUGAGCUCUUACCCUGCUAGCUGUUUCUCAUACUGGGCUUUUGGGGUGAAGUAACAGCCAGGCUAGAAUACCUUCCUCAGCCUUUUCAUACCACA